AGCAGUUAAAUUUAGUUGGUGAAGAAAUACUACCUGGCUCCUGCACCUUCCCGCUCUAUAACACAACAAGAACAAUCACCGUCUAAAAGUCUAUCACAAAGAAACAACAAUUUUACUUCUUUCAAGCUUCGUCGUACCUUGACCAUCAGAUCAUGGGUCGGAACAAUCGCGGAGGUAAAGGUAAGGGUAAGAAGAAAACCGGCGCAGGUUCUUCUGCCGCCCCCCCGAGUGAGCAAUGGGAAGAAGGCACUACAGAGGGAACAUCUGUGCUUGCACAGGCGGAAGAUCUUCAUUCUUCCUCAGCACCUGUCCCCACACAGGCCGCACACCAGCAGCAGCCCUUGAUGAAGAUGAAGCCGGACACGCCGCUGGAGAAGCGGUCGCCGAUCGCGGAGCAUGAAUAUCACGGGGACAACGACGACCUUAGUUCCGAAGAAGAUCGAUCCGAGGAGGAGGACCUCGGGUCCGCGCAGCACGUGGAGACGGACUCGGAAGUGGAUUCCUCUUCGGAGGAAGAUGAUGCGAGUAGUGAAGAGAACAGCGACGUGAAUCGCGGAGGUUUGUUUUCGACAAAAAAGAAUGGGACGAUUUCCGGGCGGACGACGGAGGUGCCAACCUCCGCCUCUUCCUCCGCCUCGUCGGCCUCCUCGGCCGAAGAAACGGGGAACGGCAGCACGACCGCAGCGGACCAGCUGAGCAGCCAGUAUUCCACACAGUCCGCCGGAGCGAGACCAAAGACCUGGGGGGAUGAAGGUAAAGAAUUUCUUGUCAACGUGAUUUGAUGGAAACUGCAAGGGAGGUGUGACUGUAAUUGUAAAUACUGAUCUGUAUAUAUCCUCUCAAGAACAGGGAGGAGUCCGAGUCCGCAUAGUUUUGAUUUUCUUGUUGAAUGAAAUACAUAAGAGGUUCUUCGCGUUUUACAAUUACACUCGGAAAAAUGAAGAACCUGUUGUACCUGAAGAACAUAAGUUGAUCGAAAUUGAUAGAGAAAAAUCUUUUCAAAAACUCAGUUUGCCAUCGCGUGCCGAUCGUGUCCCUGAGUGUCACCAUCGCGUUGCUGCACUACUUCUUCAGCAAUUUAGUUAUUUCCUAUGACCCCCGGUACGAGCGCACUUGGUACCUGUACAAGGGGCUUCUCACCCUGUUUCUCGCGCAGCUCUUUUCCCUAAUCUUCGGCGGGCUGGAGAAGAAAAACUAUAUCCCGUACACGUGUUAUGACAGUGCACAGCUCGCCGCCCUUUUUCUUCUUAUUUGUCAGGCAAAUACGAAAAACAGCAACAGCUGGAGCUGCUGCCCUAUGUUUGGCACAGUCUGCAGCAUUCCAAAUUUCGGAACAAGUAGCCUGAGGAACAGUAGCACUUUAUACACCCGGCCUAGAAGAAGUAAGAGCCUGUCAUCGUCAUGCGCUGGUGUUUCUAGUGCUUUUAAAAAUUACACCUGUGUCAAAUGAGGGGGACGAGGGGGGGGGGGGUUGUGCACUCUUAUAAGUGGGGUUUCCAGUACGACGUUGACCAGUUGAGCGACUGGAUGCUCCAGCGAACCACGGACAACCGCCUCCGGGGCUGCAUCCACUGCCAGGGCUUCAAGCCAGACCGGGCCCAGCACUGCAGGGUACUACUUAAGUGAAUAACCAUAAAUUUUUACAAUUUUACCUCCUUGGGUUUUUGAUGUACAAAUUCUUUUUCGUUUCUCCACAUGAUGUCGUUUUGCGUUCCCGCCAUGCGAUGAACAAAAGCUGUUCCCCUGGGAAGGAAAUCCGGCCCACGGAAUUAAUAAAAUCAAAUUGUGCAAACCGAAUAAAACAGAUGACCGGUCGGUGCGUUUUGAAGCUGGACCACUGGUGCCCGUUUCUGCUCCAGACCAUUGGAUACUACAACUACGUGCCUUUUGUCCGACUGCUCGCUAUUUCGUCCCUGCUUCUCGCCAGCAUGUCGUGCGUCAUGUUUGACGCGGUGUCCUCCCGCUGGAUCAAACACUUUUUCCUGCGGUACUACGGGGGCAACAUUGCGGUUGCGCUGAAGGUAAUUUUCGCGGCCACGAUUCCGAUUUUUUGCUCCCUCGUUUUUGGCCUCACCGUCUUCCGGCUGGCACGACCCGCGAUUCCCUGGUACGUCCGGGCCGCGGACUGUCUGAUGAACACGCUGGGUAUCCAGGAAAAAAACUGUGUGAGUGUACUAGCUUUUUUGGGCUGACAGCACGACAAAUUUUUUCUGCAUGAGAGAGAAAGUGGCCUGCAAUGCACAGCUAGCACGUGAAAACAGAAACACGCAUGAAAAGAGGACUUCGUGGUUGUUUACUGGCAUGACAAGUGUAAAACAACUCUUUUGCGUUUUCUGCAUCACAAACUUAGUGCACUCACACAGUUUUUUGCUUGCAUACUGGCGAUUGCGUGUUUACUGCUGAACGAACUGGUCGUGAUCCCGUACCUGACCGAGGGCUACGCGCCGUUUUUCGCGAUCACCACGCAGACCGUCUUGGCCUUCUUGUCGGUCCUCCUCAUUUUCUUCUUCGGCUUCCACCUCCACCUCGCCUCGCGCAACGAAACGACCUUCGAGCACUGGGCCAAGAAGCGGCAGCGGGUGCCGAUCGUGGAUUUCUCCCUGGGCACGAAGUGGGCAAACCUCCGGAACAGCGGGAUUGUCUCGCUGCAGUUUGUGUUGCCGUACGACAUCGUGUUCGCCCCGCUGUCGCAGCUGGUGCGGGUGGUCGACCAAAAAAACAAGAACAAGUCGGAGGAAGGUAUUUUUAUACAUCUAGUUGUACUUAAUUUGUAAACGAUGUUCGUGAACAGCAAUGAAUACCUACUUUAUCGUCCAAGUGACGCACUAAGUCAUGUAUAUCAAUCAAAAAUAUGCGACUUGUAGUUUGAGCUGAAAAAAUAAAAAUCUUCCACUGGGUCUGGGAAAAAUAAACAUAAUCUGCAAAAAUCGACUCACACUCAUGGCAGAUGCGAGCGUUGAUGACGGCAUGGUGGCCAGCUUCGCAGAACUUCGGAGAGGGGGCUACGUUUUCGACACGGCUGCGACGCUGAAGUUUACCGCUCAGUGCGUGUUGGAUAAGAAGACGGAGUGAGGUCUUUAACACAGGUCUUCAGAAGAAUCGUUGUCAGGAGCACACAAAAAUAUCUUCGAGGAAAUUUAGAUAAACCCUCAUCGUACUUUCAUUUCGAAAUAGUCAAAUUGAAAUCGUAAGCUUCUUCUCCAACCGGAUGUUUGUAUCUAUGUAUGAUUUCGAUUUAGUUUGUAAAAAUGUACCAUGUACAAAAAAUUAUGCUGAACUUUGUUAGCCUGUAUGCUGUUGUAUGUGGAAAAAAUUCUCGUGCUCCAAGUGAAUCGGAAGACGAACUUCAUGCUGCAAUAGGCAUCGAGAAACUUUUCAUACUCAUGUGCAUGCUCUUGCCUCUUCUAACACGUAGAAAAACCCUAAUUCGAAGAUCUGCACACCGUUUUUUUUCUUCAAGAAGCGCACUUUCCUUUUUUCAGAAAUGCCUACCCUGCAAAUAUUAAUUAUCCCAGUAGUACAGCAAGGACGCCAUUAAGUCCAAUUAAUAUUGCAGUCCACCACCCCGAGAAGAGUAGAAAUGCUGUAUGCGGGCACUUUCAUAGAUCAUGUACUAGUAGUAGUACUGGCGGAGCUACGCUCGCUUUGACGGGAACUAAAACUACAUGUACAGCUACAGUCUCGGGUUUGUUUUUACAAUGAAUCUCUAGAACUAGGAGCAGGGAUAACGUGCCAGCUGCAGCAGAAUCUUUCUUCCCCCUCCUCCUCCAGAGUUCACGACAUGUAAAAAAAUCACUGUCCCGAGAAACUUUGUAUUCCCUUUUUAUUUUAGAUUGCAGGAAGUCUCAUCAAAUCUCUACUUUCCAGAAGUUUUUGCACUGCUAGCUUUAAGAAUCCAGCACAGGGCAACAAGACAGAAGCCUGCUGAAGUAGUCCGGUCGUGCCAGAGGAGACGAGAUGAUUGUCAUCGAUGUUCGACUGCUGUUUCUGCAGCGAAUUGGCCACUUUUCGUUUUUGCACUUCGUUGCACUACAAACAUCUCUCUAAUGCUGACGUCGGGACUGAAGCUAAUACCUCAUCGGUUUUUAUUUCGUUUAUGGGUUUCAUUUUUUAUCAUUCGUCCAAGUUGUCCACGAGGCAGAAUACAAAUAAAUCGUGAAUUCUGCAGCAGUGCAAGACCUCAAAUCGGACCUUGUUCUUUGAGUGCGGUUAUUUCAUCUGGGCGGGGCGAAAGCACAACCAAGAACACCCAAAAUCGUGCUGUACGUACGCUCAAUAUCAAUCGCCGAAAGAACAAAUCGUACAUAUCAAACGAAGUUUGGUUUUCGUUGGAGUACUGCGCACAAGAACCACAUCUCAAG